CGUAACGCUAUUUACUACAGUGACACAAUAAACAUUUGCGACGGUCAGUUACAAAAGUUGGAGACCAGAAAAAAAUAAAUAAAAAAGGAAUUGCAAAUCUGUCUUCCUCCUCCUCGUCUCGCCAAUUUUAUUUUCCGAUUCAAUUUCUAGGGUUUCGGCAGAGGAAGGAAACCACCGUUAAACCCUAAUCGCAGUUAUAUAAAAUCGCAAUCGUGUUCCCCCCUUGGCUCUCCUCGCGUCUCUCGAUCUGUCAGAAAACUGGACAACAAACCUAUGCCUUCGACGCCGCUGACGAACGGUGGUACGCCUCCUCCUCCUCCUGAUGUUACGGCUUCCACGGUGGUGGUGGAUGAUAAGCCAGGAGUGUCGAUGAUGGAGCAGUUGGUUCCGGAAAUAACGACACACGCGCUAAGUUACUUGGAUUAUCCAAGUCUUUGUCGCUUGUCUAUGACUAAUUCGUUGAUGAGGAAAGCUGCUAAUGAUGAUAAUGCUUGGAAAGCUCUUUAUCACAAGGAUUUUACACUGGAGCAAGAUGGUAUAACACCAGUUAAUGGGUGGAAAGCUUACUAUGCAACUACUAGAGCUAUUAUAAGUGUGAAUACUGAAUUCUUCAGCAUCAUUAGAGACAGAGCUCUUCAAGAGAUGGCUCGAUUGUGGUUGAACUCGGACUAUGUUAAGUGUAUCCAUGCCUCUGGGGAACUCUUCUCUGGGUACAAUGAAGUGAUGCAAAGCUGGCAACUUUGUUUCAACUGGGAACAAGGGUUUGACUUUCAGGUCCACACUGUUCGUACUCGGAUACUAACGGACAUGGCUUGGGUCACCAUGAAAGCAUACCUGAACGUGGAUGGUGGUCCGUUCCUGAUCACAAAUGUGUUCGAGUUCCACAAUGGAAGGUGGCACAUGGUUCAUCAUCACAGCUCCGUGAUGCUUAACGAUGAUCAACAAGUUGUUGUUCAUUGAUGAUUAAUCUUUAGUUUUUUGGUUUCCUUCUCUUCCUUUAUUUUCAUGGGGACAACAAAUAAAGAAGAAGAAAGAAACUGCAUAUUGGAAAUUGGCUUAUUAGAUUCAUAGUGUUAUUAUUUAGUUUUAAGUAACGACAUGUACUGAAUGUUUUUCUUUUUCUUUCAGCUGUUCUUGAAUGGUUGGUCUAAUUUUUCUUUUUCCUUUCUAUUUGGUUCUUGGGAUAUACUCAAUGGUGAGAAUGAGAAUUGAUCAAAAGUAUUGAUUAUCGUAGUA